GAAAUUAAAGUUUUAACUCUUCUCUUUUUAACAUCAUUUGAUUUUAAUUUUACAAUAGCGUGCUUCAGAAGAAACAGUUUUUACAUCAGUUGCUUUAAUGCUAACCUUUUUAAAUUUGUUUUAUGGAAACAGAGAAAAUUGAGUCCCUUCGGUUACCUUAGUAGUCCUAGUGACAAUAUUUAUCUUCACUCGCAAACAAAACAUGGCGGACCUAUUCGUACUUGUGUUAAAUUAUCAAAACGUUACCAGACCAGUAGCUCUAAAUUAUAGGAAAUGAUAAUGAUACAUUCUUCGCCUCUUAGGAUGAGACAGUUUAUAUUGUUUGGACUACUGCAUUUUUCAACUUCUUGUCCUUUUCCGGAUGGUUUUUCUGGAGUAUGGAUUACCUCCAGCCAGGGUACAUGGACGGUCAACUCCACGCAUAUCACCGUGGACUCGACGCUUGACGCUUAUGCAAGCAUCGCGGACGAGUUUGAGUGUAUAGAAAAUGAUACAUACAAUGGAGAAUCGGUCUUCGUUGUCAAAUCAACGGCCACUUUUAAGCCUUUUGCUCUGAGUGGAGACAUCUAUGCUUCCUGGAUGUGUCUGCGUGUCGUGGAAGCCAGGGCAGACGCAUAUUACGUCUACUUUAAUUCACUGGAAGAAGAUUAUUAUUCCGGCCAACGGAUACACGGUUACAAGGUGACUGACACCAUCGCGGCUGUCAACGUUUGUACAGAGGCGGUCCCAGACGAAUUGUUCGAGCCUUUCAUCCGUAAUGGUACAGAAACAACUGGAGAUGACCAGUGCCCGGACUCGCUCCUCGGGUACUACUUUUUCAACUACAUCACAAGUUCUGGCACAGUGGACUGUUCGUCAAACUACACAGGGUUCAUAGCAUCAUGUGAGGACCAAAACAAAACCAAGCUCCAAGUCAAUACCACUUCCGAAUGUGCGGCAAACCCUUUUUCGACGACGGAUGGUCAGCUGGGCUGUUUAUUCAGCUUUAAUACAAGUACGGACGGGAAUAAUAUCAUUCUGAUGUUGUACAAUAAAGACAGUGGUGCAACAUCACCCUUCUUUUGUAUGGUGAUUGACAACCUAAACAACGACACUAAAACGUCCGCCAGUGUAUCCCCGUCCCUGUGUGCUUCCGGUCAAAAUGCGUCCGCCGUCCCAACAUCCGGGUUCAGGCUCGAAUUGUCGGCUAAUGAAACAUGUAAGCAAAUAAUGUCGGUUCCAUUGUCGACCACAACAUGCACGGAAUCUUCUGGAAGGGGGAUGUUUGCUUUCUUGCACACGAUUUUCUUUGCACUUUGUGUUUAUUGUUUUAUUCGCAUUCUGUUUUAGCAAUCCUACCACAUAUUAAACCAUCGUUACUGUUUCAACGAAUGUAGGUCUCUGAUAUUGCCAGCUCAAUAAACGAGGUCAUGUUUU